AUGUCCGCUAUCACAACCAAGUUCAUCACAGACCACAAACUCACCAAUGAGAUUAGUCUCGAAGAGCUUAGCCAAUAUGCACCAGAAAUACUUGAGCUCUUAACAGAUAAUAAAGAAAAAAGGCGCCAGGCUCGUAAUCGUUUUAUAAAAGGGUAUGGCUUUAGCAAAGAGCAGGCAUUUGUAUUAAUUCCUCUCCAGAGAAUCGGGCGAUGCAAAAGUCAAGCACCGGUUCCAGAGAGACCAGAGUUGAAAGCUAAAGAAGUAAAUAUAUGUCAAGUAUUAGAUAGUACUGGUUCCGAGGAGACUAUUAAAGAAAUAGCUCAGCAUAUUAUACAGGAUAAACUUAGUGAAAGAGAAGUAAAAGCAAUAUCUAGAAUCUUAGAAGAAACAUCCCCUAAUGCUGUCAUUGCCUUAUCUCGUCUCUCUAGGUUUCAAAGAGAAUUGCGAACUCUCAAUGCUCUAAAGAAAAUAAUCUCUGCUACAUUAAACCCGGAGAUAACCAAAAAAUCCAAUAAAAUCCAACAGGAACACCACUUUUCAUUAGAAUCAGUUAAGGAAAGAUUGGAUGGGUAUAACAUAUCCAAUAUACCUGACAAGCAGGCCCCAGCUGAUGUAAUAAUUAUACUCUGCAUUCGUCCUGCUGAAAUUAAAAACUUGCGUCAACAGGACAUCCCUCGAGUAUUUAGAUCACUGGAAAAGAAUGAAGAUUGGGCAAAACAAUUGCUUACAUGGAUUCAGGAAGCAAUCGUUUCUGGGGAGUUAAGGGAUCCAGGAAAGCUUGGAUCAACAUACUUAAGUAUGUUUUUGAAAAAAGAUAAGUUUCUUCCAGAAAGCAGUAAGCCAUUACUUUCUAGCUCUUUAUGCAAAUUAGGGGCAGUAUUUGCUUCUGUAGCACAUAGGCCUAAAAAUGCAUCGAAAGCUAACACUUAUGCUAGUAAAGCCCUUCAGCAUUCACCCAAUAACCAUGCUUCUCCAUUUAAGAGAUACACUAUAGUCAAUAUGCGGAGAAGAGGAGAACCAUAUAAUCAGGCAAAGGCAUUUGAGCUCUUCGAUGAAAACUAA